CCUCCUAGGCGCGGGGGCCCCCGCAGCGCCAGGUCCGCGCCCUGGAGUCGGUGCCCGGUUCCCGCUCGGUCCUCGCGAGCCUUCGAGGUGGCCAGCGUGCAGCGUCCGGGCGACAGAGCACCCCGAAGAUGCAGGAUGGCAGCGCAGCCGCCCGCCAGCCUCUCCUACCGCACCACGGGCUCCACCUGCCUGCACCCGCUCAGCCAGCUCCUUGGCAUCCCGCUAGAUCAGGUUAACUUUGUGGCUUGCCAGCUUUUCGCCUUGUCCACUGCUUUCUGGUUCAGAAUCUACCUACACCCUGGUAAAGCCAACCCCGAGGUCCGGCACAUGUUGGCCACCAUUUUGGGCAUUUAUUUUGUUAUGUUUUGUUUUGGCUGGUAUUCUGUACAUCUCUUUGUGAUGGUGUUGAUGGGUUAUGGGGUCAUGGUCACUGCAAGUGUCUCCAGCAUUCACAGGUAUUCCUUUUUGGUAGCGAUGGGCUACCUUACAUUAUGCCACAUCAGCCGGAUAUACAUCUUCCACUACGGAAUUCUCACUACAGAUUUCUCUGGGCCUCUGAUGAUCGUCACGCAGAAGAUCACAACCUUAGCUUUCCAAGUUCACGAUGGAUUAGGUCGAAAAGCUGAAGAUCUUUCCGCCGAGCAACUCCGACUUGCUGUGAAAGUGAAGCCCUCGCUUUUGGAAUACUUAAGCUACCAUCUCAACUUCAUGAGUGUCAUAGCUGGCCCUUGUAACAACUUCAAGGACUAUGUGGCCUUCAUUGAAGGGAGACACAUACAUACAAAGCUGCUGGAAGUGAACUGGAAGCAACGAGAUUUCCAUAGUUUGCCCGAACCUUCUCCCAAUGGAGCUGUGAUACAGAAGUUGUGCAUGACCUUGAUGUCUCUCCUGUUGUUUUUGACACUCUCUAAGUCCUUUCCUGUCACCUUCCUUAUUGAUGACUGGUUUGUACAUAAGGCCAACUUUCUGAGUCGUCUCUGGUACUUAUAUGUCGUCAUGCAAGCCGCAAAGCCCAAGUAUUACUUUGCGUGGACAUUAGCGGACGCGGUGCACAAUGCAGCUGGCUUUGGGUUCAGUGGCGUGGAUGCAGAUGGGAACUCCCGUUGGGAUCUCUUGUCUAACCUGAACAUCUGGAAGAUUGAGACUGCCACGAGUUUCAAAAUGUACUUAGAAAACUGGAAUAUUCAGACAUCUACUUGGCUGAAAUGUGUGUGCUAUGAGCGGGUGCCCUGGUACCCUACCGUGCUCACCUUCGUCCUCUCUGCUCUGUGGCAUGGCAUCUACCCCGGAUACUACUUCACAUUCUUAACUGGAGUCCCCGUCACAUUGGCAGCUAGAGCGGUGAGGAACAACUACAGACAUCACUUCCUUUCUUCCAAGGCUCAAAAGGUUGCUUAUGACAUUGUUACCUGGGCUGCCACUCAGUUGGCUGUCUCUUACACGGCAGCGCCCUUUGUCAUGUUGGCAGUAGAGCCAACCAUCAGUUUAUACAAGUCCAUGUUCUUUUUCUUACACAUUAUAUGCCUGCUGAUCAUUCUUCUUCUGCCAAUCAAACCACGCCAGCCUCAGAGGCCAUCCAAAUGUAAAGCUCAAAUGUGCAGUCCAAAUUCUGUAAAGAAGAAGGCAGACUGAUACCCACGGAAAGAAGCUGAACUACAGACUUGUGGGACAUUGGGAAGAUGCAAUGGGCAGGCUCCAGGCUUCUCUGGUGACUUAAUGGAGAUGUUUACAAUUGCAUUUUUUUUUUUUUUCACUGCAGGGAAUAUUUUUAUAAAUUCUUUUUUUUUUUUUUGUGCAGUUAAGUCACCAUGUCUAGCUUCAUCUUUAUAUUUUACAGGGCCUUUCAGUGACACAUUGUAGAGAACAGGCCAUUGGGUCGGCUCUUCUGAAAUCAGUCCCACCUACCGAAAUCUGGAAGCAUGGAUCUGGGCAGCGCCUCCUGCACUUAGGAGGUGUCUGCCGAGAUGACUUGUUCUAGAUUUUUGAGAUCUGAACAUUCCCAGGCAUGAUUUUUCUCUUGACAACUCCAGACCCUUGGAUGUGUGACUUAAACCAGGUUGCAGACACAAAUCCUAUGCUCUGAAGCCCUUGCAGGGGGAAAAAAGUGAUUGUGGAGGGAGGUUUUCAGGGUGUAGGAAAAAAAAACAAAAAACAAAAACAAACAAACAACAAAACUCCACAAACUGGGAAGAUUAACCCUGAAUGCUUGAAUGGAUCUUUGUGCCCUCAAACAGACUGCAUUACCCUCCUCCCAAGAACGUACUGUUUCCUUUUUCCUCCUGAAUUGAGCCAAAAUUGGAGAUCAGAAUGUCUCCUGCCUGCAUGCCCCAGGAGCUGGGGAGAGAGUAGGGGAUAUUGGGGAGGAUGUUGGGGCUACUGCUUUCCAUUUCAUCUGCUUCCAUAGGCUUGACCUGUGUUGACCCUGAGAAGGUACCCAGAUACUUUGACACUGUCAAAGGUGGCUGAUACCUUUUCAAAAAAUGAUUGCUUUCAAUAUAUUUGGAGAGGCUCUCUGUCCCCCUGCAUAUUGUGGAAGUGUCAAUGAUCAUGGCCAAUGUGUAGACACAAGCUGACUUUUGUAAUGGAUUAAAUCCAGCUUUAUUUUAGGUGAACUGUUAUGUUGGGAAGCUGCAAAUGAAGAACAGUACUCCACUGUGUCUUCAUGAUAAAUGUGCUGUGGCUCCCUAGGGAGAUUUCUACUGGGAAAAAUAGUCUAUGUGAAAGAAGGAGAGAUAAUAUUUAAAAUGUAGAAAAUAAUAAUAAUGAUGAUAAAUAAUAAUAAUAAAAUAUAUGCUUCUGUGAUGUGCCCUCAAUCAAAUGGCCUGGGAGGUGAACAUUUGUUCUGAUCAGAUGAUUUAAAAAAUUAGUUUCUCAAUGAAUAAAUAAUAUAUUUAUAUUUUAGGAAAAUGA